UGACUCACAUGAUCAGAUGUGUCUCUGUGUGUCUCAGCUCUGGUGUGGGACGUACUGGCGCCUUCUGUCUGCUGUAUGCGGCGCUGCAGGAGCUGGAGGCGGGAAAUGGGAUCCCGGAGCUCCCUGUGCUGGUGAAGAAGAUGAGACAGCAGAGGAAGAAUAUGCUGCAGGAGAAGCUCCACCUCAAGUUCUGUUAUGAAGCUGUGUUGAAGCACGCUGAACACGUCCUGCAGAGACACGGCAUUGCCACUGCCGCCGCCGCCGCCGCCGCCGCCACCACCAUCUGCAGGAACACCAACUCUGCAGCCACAAAGGUCAGACUGACUCUCAGGUUAACCCUUUCACUGCAGAGAAACACAAACAGCCCAAAAUAGAAACUUCCAUCACCGCAGGCAUGAAGUAUGUAAAAGAAAAGUAUGUUGGAAAAAAAACUUUAAAAAAGUCUGUGUAGUAUGCUGAAAAAAACAACAAUAAAAGUCAUAGUGUAGUAUGUCGUAAAAAUACUCGCGUAUAGUAAGUUCAAAACAAGUCGUUAAAUAUAUUGAAAAAAAGCCCAAAAACCUCAUGUGGUAAAGAGUUUUUUAAAAAGUCACGGUAU